GUGAUAGGUCCAGUAUAUCAGCCAUAUUGACUACUGACUGUAUUAAAGUCAAUGAGAGAAAGGUUAAUAUACCUUUACCUGCUCCAAGACCUCUCCAUUCACCAGUGUAUAGGAUGAAGCCACCUACCAAUGUACAGCCUGUCAGGGUAUCUCAUGCCAGUACACAGACCAUUGAUGUACCUACCAGUGUACCAUCUACCAGUAUGCCUUCUACCAGUGUACCAUCUACCAGUAUGCCUUCUACCAGUGUACCAUCUACCAGUAUGCCUUCUACCAGUGUACCAUCUACCAGUAUGCCUUCUACCAGUGUACCAUCUACCAGUAUGCCUUCUACCAGUAUGCCUUCUACCAGUGUACCUACUAGUGUACCCACCAGUAUACCCACCAGUGUAUCUACCAGUGCACCUCCUACCACUACUGGGGCUGGAGCUGGCCCUCCUUCAUAUUCAAGUGGUCCUACUACUCAUACUGGUCCUUCUCCUAGUGCUUCUCUUUCAACUGGUCAUCGUCCUCCAAGUUACACACAUUCAAGUGGUCCUUCUCCAGUAUACAUGUAUUCAGGUAGUUCCCGUCCUCCAAUGUCAACUGGUCCUUCUUCCUUGUAUUCCAGCAGUUCUGCUAUUCCUUCUCAUACUUCAGUUACUAAUUCAUCCAUUGGUUCUACAUCACGGUCUUUCUCUAAUCCUGGACCUACUUACAAGCCAACUAGCUCAACGCCUAUUGGAUCAACAGUAGCACCUCCCACUGGAUCAGUUACAGGACCCACUCCAGCUUCCACUAAACCAGCUUCAAGCUCUGGUCCUACCACCACUACUCCUGCCAUUAAUUUACCAGUGUUUAGCUUUGGUACUAGUAACGUUCAAGGAUCAACCCCUUUUUCCUUUAUUAAUUCACCAGCUGGUGGUGGGGCUCCGUUUGUUUUUGGUUCUCGUUCUAUUCUACCAGCUGGGGGUGGUGCUCCAUCAUUUGUUUCUGGAGGGGCCACUCCUUCAUUAGCAGCUGCCACACAUCCUCCUUCCAUUACCAAGUCUUUUUCAAUGCCUCCUUCCUUGACAGUGUCAUCAAGUAGCAGUUCAUCUCUUCCUCCUAGUACAACUCCUGGUUAUCCUAGACCCUCUCCUCUUUCCAUUGCUACUACUCAUUCUCCAGCUCAACUCUCCACAAACACAUCUCACACUGUUAUCCCUACUAGCUCUAUUCCUGUUCCUCCUACUAGUUCCAUUCCUGUUCCUCCUACUAGUUCCAUUCCUGUUCCUGCUACUAGUUCUAUUCCUGUUCCUCCUACUAGUUCUAUUCCUGUUCCUUCUACUAGUUCCAUUCCUGUUCCUCCUACUAGUUCUAUUCCUGUUCCUCCUACUAGUUCCAUUCCUGUUCCUUCUACUAGUUCUAUUCCUAUUGCUACCACUACCUCUGGUUCUACUAUGACUCCUGUUUCUAUCACUAGUUCCUUUGGAGCUACUAGUUCUACUCCUCUAUCUAUAACUCACACUACUGCUCCUCCUACUAUUACUACUACUACUGCUGCUGCUGCUACUGUUGCUGCUGGUGUUAGUAUUUCCACUUCU